UAUUAGUUUUUUAAAGAGAAUUUGAUCGUUGUUUCGCUCCGUGGUUUUCUCCAGAAAUAAACUUAAAAAUCCAUCAAAUAAAUUUGCGUAUAAUCAUAAAAUUAUGUUUCUCGGCAAACGUGAUAAUUCGCCAAUUUAAUUCAAUAUUCGCUCGAGAACAAAUUUGUGGUGCGAAAAAGUUUCUAAAAAGUGAAAAUUUUUGUCGCCCCUCUGUGUGUGAGAACGAAAAUAUUCGGCGUUUCUUGUCAAUGAAAUUCGUGCCCCCCUUAUGACAGAGAUGGUUAUACAUUAUCAUAUGUUUAUUUGGCAAGCAAUGCAUUUGUGUACUUCGAGUGCGAACGGGUCAACUAUAUUAAAUUAAGUUGAAGUUCGAAUGGAUUUAUAUGUGUUGGGGAUGUAACAUGGUGCAUAGACAAAAGUGUUAUAUUUCCAAUUUAUGAUAAUUGGAAUACGGAAUGAACAUUUUGGAAUUGGAAUAAAAUAUUUUUUGUAAAUAACAAACAUAUUUUUUAAAUUAAUGCAGAAUAAUUUGUGUGGUGAAAAAAGUGAGGAAAGAAGGAAAAUUAUAAACUGACACAAAGACGACGACGAAGAAAAAGGAGAGCAAGUAAGACAGACUGUCAGAGUAGAAGCAGUCCCAAGAAAGGAUCACCACCAUCAUCAUCAUCAUCGUGAAAGAAGAAAAAAGUAAAGAAAAAAAGUGAAACUCCAAGAAGAACACUACUGGAAUAUCAACAGUAGCCAGCAGCCCAAAAGUUAAACAAACUUAAAAAAGUUAAAUAAAAAAAAAAAUAAGUUAAAAAUAGCAAAAAAAAAACGAAAACAAUCGACAGAAGGUGAAAAAUAAUAUUAGAUUGAAUGUGGAGGAUUCAGGCACAAUGCAAAGCUUGGACUCAUCAUGUCAAGAAGCUGAUUUUAUAAUUAACGACGCCCUGUUGCGACUAAAGGUCUCAAACAACUCGUCGAAUGUGCUCCGUCAAACACAGUAUCAAGCGGCACAGCCACCACCUCCUCAUCCCGCUGCACACACGUCAGCACAAUCUUCAACCCCCUCCCCGUCACCUCAGCAACAGCAGCAGCAACAUAAACAGCAGACAACCACAACAACAACAACCCGUAUCCAUCAAGUUCCGCCACCACCCUAUCCAAAUAUUCAGCAAUCCAGUCAUAGUCUCCUCAAUUCAAGCCUCCUGCAUAACAUCAAUCAAAUACCAAGUCAACCGCCAUAUUGUAUAUUCGAUGGCGCCGAUUCACCGCCAGAUUAUACAAGCUCAUCACUCAGCGAAAGCCUUCUUACAGCUGAACCAUCAAAAACACCCGCCACCACUUGGUCGUCGUCAGCUGAAAACUCCUUGCUAUCACCGGCACACAUAUCGAAUCUCAAUUCGAUAACAUCACCGUCGCCUGCAUUACCCGAUACGUUACUCUCAACGCCACCUUCAUGUUCGACUUCUACGUCAACGAAAUCAACGUUUUCAAGUUCUAUCAGUGGCGGUGGAAGUGUCCCCAAUACAAAUAUUUUAAUAACAACAACGAUAUCUGGAGGUGGCGGUGGAAAUGCAAGUGGUAGUGGUGUUGGGGGCGGUAGAGUUAGCGUUGGAGGCGGAUCAACAGCUACAUUUCUAGCAUCAUCACAAAAACGGCAAUCUUCGAAUUCCUACAACAGCAGCAGUAGCAACAGCAGCAACACAGCGACUGGAUCGCCAAGUAAAAGGCAAAAAACUUCAGCAACAUCUACAUCAUCAAUGGUUGGUGGUAGUGGUGUUCAAAUGGGAAUGCAUCAUCACCAUCAUCGGAGCAAUAGUAGUCGAUAUGAAUCUUCAUUAGCUUCAUCGUCAGCAUCCUCGUCGUCGUCCAAUAUGAAACCACCAGUACCAACAACGGUAACAGUCAAAUCAGGCAGUGGUGAGACUCACUCAAGUUCUUCGAGUUCGGUAAAAUUCUUUAACCUGCAGGACAAGCUUAAGGAAUUGUAUUUGGAAAUGGUUGAGGAUGAUUUGAAUAUCGCACAACAAACUGGGGUAAGACUACGAACUCGCUCUUUUGUUCUGGAACGUCUAGUGCAACGUGAAAAACUAAACAAAAUCGUCGUUAAUCUCUAUCCGGGCAAUAAAGGAUACUCGCUUGCAUUAUAUCAUGACGACAAACGAUCCUCAUCAUCGGAUGACAAUACACCGUCAUCUUCAUCAAAUGAUUACAACAAAUCAUCAUCAACCUCAUCAAUAUCGUACACCACCACAACAUCCAUCAACAACAAUAAUUCCCCUUCUAGUCGAUUCAACAAACAACACCAGCAGCAACAGCAAAAAUUCAAUUCAAGUGUAAAUAUCAAUAUAAAUCACAACAAUAAUUCCCUCCCCGCAGAUCUGUUGCAAAAUGAAGAUUGCCACGAAAAUGAUUUUCUACAAGGUGGUGAUAUGUUUCAUGGAACGACGACGACGACGACGACGCAGACACAGACGACGACAACAACUACAGACACUGCCGAUGACACCGAAGACGAUGCCAACCUUAUCGAAGUGUUCCGGUGGCCCUACGAAGUAAACAAUCUAUUGCAAUGCAUCGACAGUGGCCAGUUGCCAAGCUUCCUCUCCGAUCUCCUCGAGAGCCGGUCACCCAAUGUCUUCUAUUCGGGUUGUGUGAUCUGUCAAAUAAGAGAUUUUCGCCAAACCUUUCCAAUUUCAUCAAAUAGCUGUGAUAUCUAUCAUGUUCUGUUAAGGCCCACCAACGACACCAUCUACUCGGAUGUACAAAAAUUGGCUAAGCGGGCCAAUUUGCAUACAUACGAGGAGAGGCUCCAGCUCGAAAGCGAACUGGUGCUGGCAACCGCAGAGCCACUCUGUCUCGAUCCAGACCCCAGCAUUGGCCGGGAAGAGAUAAACAGUCAAUUCGUCCGGCAAAUGUUCAAUACGCAUGAAAUUCGCCGCCAAAUGCGCAAAUACUCUCAAGUAGCCAUCAAUCGGAAAAGAAAACUCGAUCAGUUUACGCAUAAUUACGGCUUGGAACUUUGUGAUUAUUUGCAAAGGCUACGACAACAACCAAGACAGUUGCAUAAUAGCACAAUUGCUGGCAGUAGUAGUAGCAGUGGCAUUGGCAUGGAGAGUAGCAGCAGCAACGCCUUCUCCUAUGGCACAGCAGGUGGACAAACUUGUAGCAAUAAUAGCUCUAGUGGUAGUGGUAAUAGUAAUAAUAUAAGUAGUAGCAAUAGUCAUAGUAGUAAUCAACAACAAAAUAAUGCAAACUCUAACUCAACUGCUGUUGGAGCACGUACGCCCAACCUAGAUUAUCCACCUCUGGACAUCCCAGAAAGUAUAGAUGUGGAGAAAUACGCAGAAAAAUGUGAAUGGCCGAAAAAUACAACAGACUGUGAACCGGAAUUGAUUGAGGAAUAUGUUUUAGAGACAGAGCGAAAGGAUAAUAAAGGACGCAGCGUUAUUUAUCACAUUAAGCUAUCCAUCUAUCAGAGGCCGAUGAAUUCCGAGUACCUAGGUGAAUUGUAUGUGGAUCGUGAUUAUCGUGUGGGUGAGCGAAAUGGGGAGGCAUGCCAAUUUUCGUUGGGUACCCGGACACAUGCGCACCGCUACAUUCAGCAGUUUAGGGAGAUCUUUACGGAAGAGGGCCGCAAAGCGGUCGAAAUAAGGCAUUAUAUACCUAAACAUUCUGUCAAGAUCUCCCAUACGGGAAUGUCUGCGGAGCAUAGAGAGGCGGUAAAGGUAUUCCUGCAGCAGCAACGUCAGCAGCAGGCUGCUCUGGCAGCAGCUGCAGCUGCAAGUGCUGCUGCCCAGCAACAGGCCGCGGCGGCUGCUGCUGUAGCACAACACCAAGUUGCGUCGGUGUCGGGGCAUUCCCAGCAUCAGCAUUCACAUCAUACACAGCAGAAUCCACAGCAGCAACAACAGCAACAGCAGUUGGUUGUGGCUAUUCAACAACAAAAUCAGCAACAGCAGCAUGUUAGUCUACAGCAGCAGCAACAACAACAGCAUCAUCAUCACCAUCAGUCGAUUACAGUGGGAUCGGCCAAAAAUUUGAACAUUAAUCUCCAGGGAGCGAAUAUUGUUGGUAUUACAACAGCCGGUGGCACAGUGCAACAUAUACGACAGCAACAAGGGCCACCGCCGCAGUACAUUGAUGCGAAUGGUGCAACAGUUCAGGUGCAAACGACUCAUCAUCAUCCUACGCAUCAAUUGAGUCUAAGUAAUGGUUCGUUGGUGUUUGUACAGCAACAGCCAUCGGCGGGCGGAGGAGGGAAUCAAACACUAACAUCAGGUUUAACGAUACAAUCGGCUUCGGGAAGUAGUGGUCAUCAGCAGCAGAAAACUCAAGUGAUAUCGGCAGCCAAUUCGGCUCUUAGAUCGCAACUAGCAAGUGGACCUAUUUUGCAGGCGCAAUUAAAAGCUGGCUCUAUUGUUACAUCACAACAACAACAACAGCAACUUCUUGUCACCAACUUCCAUACAGCAAAUCAGUGGCAACAACAGCAGCAACAACAAAAUUCGGGUACACAACAACAAUCCUCAAAUAGUGGACAACAAACACAACAACAACAGCAACACAAGUCCAUUCUCAGUCUUUUAAAUAGUGCGCCAGCUGCAAUGACAAGCACACCCGUUGCCAGCAAGACCUUUACCACCUCAACGGGUCAACAACAAACAGUUACCUUAGUACAACAUCAGCCCCAGCAGCAGCACCACCAACAACAACAAUCCACCCACCAACAAACAGAUAAUUUUGUGCAGCAACAACAACAACAAACAAUGCAACGCAAACCCAACGAAGUUCUCCAGAACUCGAUCCACUCAAAUCUCCGUAAAUUGAAUAUUGUGAGUGGUCCUCAUGGUGGUGGACAGCGUUCGCAUGGUGGAACUAAUGUCAUAGCAGUUGGGCUAAAUCAAGACGGCACAACCGGUCAACCUCAAAAUGUUAGAGUUUCAAUGUCUGCCUUAGCAUCGCAGCUAGCAUCACCUCCCGCCAUCAUGACAAACGCAAACUUUGGCUAUGCCAGUGCGACUGUCAACAACAAUAGCAUCAAAAUUCUUAGUAAUAGCGGGGGACAGCGUGUCAUUACGGCCAGUGCACUGCGAAGAGAUUCGACUGUUGUGGGUACAGCUGCUCCGUCUCCGGGUAGUGAUUCGAAUGCAUCUAACACUUCGAGUGGAACAAAUUUAAAUUUCACCAUGCCAGGACUGAAUGCAUUGGUAGGCACUUCUCCAUCGCCCAGCAGUGAUCAUUCACAAUCUGGCAAUAGUGUGUCGACGUCCACUGCUAUCUCAUCGAAUCAGGCGCUUCUCGAAAGACUGAAUAGUGGCAGUACAAAUUUGAACACCGGCAGCAGUCCCGGAGCAGGUCUCUCGCCCCAACAACACCAACAACAGCAGUAUCUGACAAAGGCGCUUGUCCAGCAAAUCUCAAAUGCCCAAUCUCCAGCUGCGUCGAUAUCGCCAAUGUCUAGUCCUCCGCCUCAAGCAUCACCUUCUCCCAUUUCCCAUCAACAGCAACAACAACAACAGCAGCAAACUGCCACUCUCAACCUGCAGAGUAUAAAUUUGUCAUCGCUCCAAGGAGCGAGGGCCAAUUUUCCUGGUGUGCAAAAUGUUCAAGUGCAAAUCCCAGGACUGACACAACCAAUUUCAGUCCAAUUAUCUGGUGGUAACAUAACUGCUCAGCAGAGUUCGAAUCAGAAUCAGAUGCAAAGCACUGGGCAGCAGACGCGAAGUCUAUUGGUAUCAGUUCCUGUGACAAGUACAACGCAAGUGAAUAACCUGCAGAGUGGUGGCAACAGUCGAGAUAUGGGAGGAGGUAAUACAGGUGGUGCAUCGGCGACAGGUACACAAACUGUGGUACUUACAAAUGCCGGUUCAGGGGGUGUAAACUCUGCUGGCGGAUCCAUGCUAUCAUUGCCAAUUGCUCAAUUAGUUGCAUCUGGUGUUAAAAAUCUAAACACUCAAACAAUCCGUACCUCAGGCAGUGGCGGUCUUGGUGGUGCUAAUUUAGGGAAUACAACUUCGGCAACAAGUGGUUCAGGUUCAUCUGGAAAUCAAACAACUGGAAAUACUACUCAGCAAUCAAUACAGCUGUUGAAUUCACUACAACAAGGAAGGCCGAGGAAUAUACAAGUUGUUAGUGCCAAACAAAUAACUAAUCGUCAAUUGAUUGCGGCGCAGAGAAGUUUGGCUGGAUCAACGCUGAAAAUAGCAACGCCAAUCACCUCUUCCUCAGCAAUAACGACGACUGCAAAUUUAACUGCCACACCCCUCGUAAUGACGCAAAAAUUGCAAUUAAAGUUGCAAAAGCAUGCACAACAACAGCAACAGCAGAGGGUAUUAACUCAGGUAGCCGCUGUUGCUCAACAACAGCAGCAGCAGCAACAACAACAACAACAGCAACAACAACACCAACAGCAACAGACUGUGCAACAGCAUCAACAAAAUUUAGUAUCACAGUCCAAUCAGCAACAACACCAGAUGACUGUGAUAAGUGGCCAACAACAACAACAGCACCAGUCACAGCAGCAGCAACAACAACAACAGCAACAGCAUAUUCAAAUCACCGGACGCACUGCCACCGGAAGUCUUAGCCAGAGAACAAUUUCCGCAAUAGCAGUUGCAACGGCAGCGAGUCAAAAUCAAAAACGCCGAAGGUCAGCGACUGAUAACGUAAAAGUCGGACAAAUUUUCUUUUAAUUUUAAUUUUUCUAAUGUGAAAUUUUGUCCAAAUACCACCACAAUAUUAUUUACUACUACUACUACUACCCACUUGGUGCAUGCAAAUCUAAGAAAAUUUAGAUAAAUUUCAUUUGAGUAGAUAUAUUUUGUUUUAUAUAUUAUAUUGCAUUAGAUACAAAUUGUACAUUAUUUAAAAAUAUGAUAAAAAGAGAAAAAAAAAGAA